GCGGCUAAGGAAGUGGACGGAUGGAUGAAAAGAUUAUUUUCGAUCAAGUUUGUGUCUCGGAUCCGAUUAGACCGGAACUACGCAGUCUCCUCCCCAGGGGUUGUCUGAACGAGGAGGUGCAUUUGGGCUCGGUAGGAGGAGGAGGAAGAGGAGGAGGAGGACGCUAAAAGUCAAAGAUGAAGAGUUGCGUUCCGUCUCCAGCCCGCACCGAGGAUCAUGACUCUGCACCGCAAAGCCCCUGAAGGCGCGCACCUCCACGCGGGCGUGCGGGACGACGAGGUCCCGGGCCGCAGCGCCGCGUCCCCGCCGAAGCCGCCCUACUCUUACAUCGCCCUGAUCACCAUGGCGAUCCUGCAGAGCCCCAAGAAGAGACUCGCCCUCAGCCAGAUCUGCGACUUCAUCGGCCGCAACUUCGCCUACUACCGGGACAGGAUCCCCACGUGGCACAACUCCAUCCGACACAACCUGUCCCUGAACGACUGCUUCGUCAAGGUCCCGCGGGGGCCCGGCGUUCCGGGGAAGGGAAACUUCUGGACUUUGGACCCCAUGUCGGCCGACAUGUUUGCAAACGGGAGCUUCCUCCGGCGGAGGAAACGCUUCAAGAGGCCACGCUCGCCCCGGAGGACACUGACCGACUCCGCCGUGGCGGCGCUUCUUCAUCCCGGACCCGCCCGAAUCCCUCUGCUGGAAACCGAGCCUUGCAGUCCUCCCCGAGAGAUUCCCGUCUUGUUUGGACCGCUUUUGGACAGAAUCUCUCCCUUCACCUACGCCGUCUCCUUUCACGGGAGGACGCCCAAUUACAUCAUCGCUGAGCCGACACGCUCGUCCUGCUUUAGCGCUGUAACUGCUUGACGCGCUGAUUAUGUAGCUUUUUUUUUUUGCACAGAAAAAAAAUCAUAACGUGACAAUUAUGGCAUUAUUUCACACCUAUGACAAAGUGUAGGACUUUUUAAACAAAGCAAUAAUAUAAUUGUGUACUGUUAGUUCACUUAUUACAAGUGUAGCCUUGACUUUUGGCAAGCUGACACGAUUUGGUAAGUGAGGAUACAGUGGCUACAAAAGUCUACACACCCCUGUUGAAAUGCUAAAAAUUACACCAGGAUAUCAUUUGAAACUGUUUUCUGCCAUCGUGACCUGUAACCUGUAGAACUCAAUUUAAAUCUAAAUUCAAAGUCCAUCCAUCCAUUUUCUCAUCUGAUUAUCCUCACAAGGGUCGCGGGGAGUGCCGGAGCCUAUCCCAGCUGUCAACGGGCAGGAGCCGGGGUACACCCUGAACUGGUCGCCAGCCGAUUGCAGGGCACAUGGAGAUUAACAGCUGCACUCACAAUCACACCUAGGGGCAAUUUAGAGUGUCCAAUUAGUGUUGCAUGUUUUUGAGACGUGGAAGGAAACCGGAUUACUCGGAGAAAAGCCACGCAGGCACGGGGAGAACAUGCAAACUCCACACAGGCGGGUCAAGGGAUUCAACCCGGGACCCCAAAACUGUGAGGCCAACACUUCACCGUGCCUCCAAUUCUAAUCCAAUAUUUUUAUCCAUCCAUCCAUCCAUCCAUCCAUUUUCUUUGCCGCUCAUCCUCACAAGAGUCGCGGGGAGUGCUGGAGCCGAUUCCAGCUGUCAUACUUGACCGUUAUACUUGACUUAAACUGCACUCCAGUUCACUAAUUACAUGAAUUUAUGACAUAUAAUUUGAAAAGGUUGUACUCUGCCAAGACAAUAAAAUGUGCACCGUUGAAAGAUUUUCCCCAGAAGGCCUCAUUAAAUUAGACGUGAUUGAAUAUACAAGAUUGUGCGUCCUGAGUACUUCUCUCUUCGUUUGUCUGCUUUAAUCAAAACAGUUCGAGUAAACGAGUCGCACGUGUUGCGUUCCCUCUGAACACCGAGCAAGCAUCUGGACUUCAACAAGGUCGAGAGUCAGUUUUCCGGAUUGAAUUCAACAUGAAUGUACAAUCUGCUGAUUGUUGAGAAACGUGUGACGAUAUUUCAUUAA